AUGAAAAAUAAAGCUGUACAGACUAUUGAAACAGGUGCAAUCUUUAGUUUUUAACCUUUAGAAAUAAUAGAACAAAUAAGCUCAGUAAUACCCAAAACUAUUAUUAAAAAAAGAACAAAAUUAUAGGGAUCAUCUUUAAAUGAUGAACAACAUCCAUAUUAAAAAUAACUAAAAUAAAAUAAAUAAUUAAAAUUAAGGCAACUUUAUUUUCCAAAUAUAAAAAUAUAAGAAAAGCCAUAAAUAUCUAAACGAAAAGAUAGACAUUUAUCUAUUUAACAGAAUUUUGAAUAAAUUUCUAAUUGUAUUAUGAAGUUAAGAAGAUACUCUUAUUGUGAUUUCAUUUCCAAAACAGAUAGAAAAUUCUCAUAAAAGCCUACAUAAAGUUUGGUUACAAGUAGAGCCGAAAUAAAGUAUAUUUGA